CUCAAGCAGACGGCAGACCCAAACCCUGCCGCAAUCCGCGCAACCAAUGGUGUCCUGUAGCGUGGCGGUGCCGAUGUACUACAAAGCAGAAGAAAGUAUCAUGCCAUCGUCGACCAAGUUUUCACUACAAUUUCCUUCCCUGACGUCCGGUCUGUCCAAGGAUAGUGAAACCAAUACACUAGCCGCCGCCGACUGCUGCGUCCAGUGCCCCCAAUGCCACCAGACCGUUCAAGGAAUCGAGAUGCUCAAGGAUCACAUACAGCAGGAGCACCACAGCACUAGUAGCGACGUGGAUGAAGACAGCAGCAGUAACCACCUUGCAGUGCCACGAACAGAGCCUCACAACGGUACCAGCUCAGGUGACGCUGGUAGUAGCGAUCCGGAUGCGGAAAACGAUGACGAAGAGGGCGCAGAGGAGGAUGUCGACGAAGACGACGACGUGGAGGCGGCCGCUGAAAUAGUCCGGGUCCCGUUCGCACCGUUGGAGCUGCUGGUGGGAAAGGGCAGCCGGGCGAGUGGGGAUCUCGUCGGAAGUCGGUUGCAGGCCAAGUGCAUCAGUUUGCUGCAGCAGCAGCAGGAGCAGCAGCUACGCCAGGCCAACGAGAAGACCUCCGCCACCGGCCACCGGACGAGGGCCAAUGAGGACGAGGACAGGGAUGAAGAACAGACAGAGGUAGGAGGGUCGGAAACGCCCACACUGACACCGACGCCGAUCGUCGGGGGCAGUGGAGACCAUCAGCACUCGUACCAUCUGUCGCCGCCCUACCACCUCCAGCAGACCAAUGGUUCGUACGGCCGCAGCACGCCGGUGAUCAGUCCGGCACGGAGCGGCAGCAGUAACGCCAGCAGCGCCGCCAGCUGCCUGCUGUCCGGUAAGGACCCCGAGAUGAUGUACCUCUGUGCGCAGUGUCCAGCGACGUUCGCGAGCCGCAGCCAGUACGAAAAGCACGAAAUGCAGCACUCCGCCUCGGCCGUCGUGUGCUGCAAGGUGUGCAACAAGCCGUUCGCCAACGUGUACCGGCUGCAGCGGCACAUGAUUUCCCACGACGAGUCGACCCUGCUGCGGAAGUUCAAAUGCAACGACUGUGAUAAAGCGUUCAAGUUUAAGCAUCACUUGAAGGAGCACGUGCGCAUCCACUCGGGCGAGAAACCGUUCGUCUGCAGCAACUGCGGCAAGCGCUUCUCGCACUCCGGCUCCUACUCGAGCCACAUGACCUCGAAGAAGUGCAUCAACAUCAGCAUCAAGAUGCACCACCACAACCACCACCACCACAACCAGCUCCACAACUACAACAACAACACUAGUAGCAAUAACAAAAACAACAAUCACACACACUACCCGCAGCACAAGAACAGCAUCAACAACAGUAGCAGCAACAACAACAACAACAACAGUGGCCUUGCGAUGAAUUGUAUGGCGAGUGGUGGCAGAAAGUCCCAGGCGUCCCUGGGAUCGGCGCCGGCUGCUGCUAUCGAUCACCGUACGGCGGCCGGUCGGGCGGCCGUCGCGGCCGCAGCCGCCGCCGCCCUUCACCUCGAUCUGGACUGGGCGACCGGCGGCGGGAUGCGGGCCCUCGGGAAACCUUCGGGCCACCUUCCCAUCUCGCCGUCCUCCUCCUCCGCUUCUUCGUCUUCCUCGGCCCCGGUUUCGCAGAGCCUUGACGGGUCGUCGUCAUCGUCGGCGGCGGCAGCGGCGGCCGUAGCUGCCGUAGCCGCCGGUGCCGCCGGCGGUCUGCCUACGGCGGCGGCGGCGGCCGACGCCCUGUUUCCGAUGCUCUCCAAGUACACGCAGUCGAACUACGGCGCGAUGAACCUGCUGGCAACGCUCGGCAAUCCGUUCUACUCGAUGGCGAUGAUCAGCAACCAGACCUACAGUCUGCAGUGUUUGCUCGAGCUAUCGGCGGCUGCUCAGCAGCAGCAGCAGCAGCAGCACCACCACCACCACCAAACGGCCGCCGAAACGAUGGGUUCCCUGAUCUACAAACCCCACGGUAGUGAGGAGGUGGAAGAGGAGGAACAAGAGAGCCACACAGCCGCCCAGCAGCAGCGAGAGCUGGAGCUGGAGCCGGUGGUCAGUGAAACGUGUGGUGCGGCCUUGCCGUCGCCGGACAAGGGCAUCGCCGAGGACGAGCUGGUCGUGGACAGCCCGGAGCGGAUGGAGGUCGAUGGCGACGGCGAGAAGGUGGAACCGCUCGCGGUGGAAUGUGAUAUGAGCGGGGAAGAUAUGGACACUACGCGCAAUAGUACGGCCGAGGACGACACCGCUGCCGAAAAGGAUUCCACCACGGUGGAACAUGAUGGCGCCGACACCGAGACCAGCGAGACCGCUCCCGCCAUCAAACCGGAUGUGGGCGACGAGGAGGUCGGGAGGAGGAGCGGGAGUUGGUCGGGCAACGAGUCAGGUCAGCCCAUUCCAUGGCGUGCCGCCGCGCUACUGGACACUGGACACCCGUUCGAUCCACAUCCCACCAAACAGGAACCGCCGGACGUCGCCGAUGUCCCGAUGGACGAAGACACAGGGCACCCCGCCGUGCGGUAUGGGCGAGGGGCACUAGAAUCACCGUCUGCAACACCGGCGAUGAAGACGGAACCACUGGAACCGCCGGCUGAGCGACCGUACGAAAAGACACCACCUCCGCCGCUGCCGCCGCCGCCAGUGUCGCAUUCGUCCGUGUCGUCCGCGGCUUCACUGACAGCCGUCGCGGUCGCGGCCGCCCAGCUACAGUGCGUGUACUGUGGCCACCAUUUUGCCAACCAAACCGAGCUGAUGCAGCACACGCAGCUGUUCUGCAAGGAGUCGCUCCUGCGGAACCAGUUCGUAGCGGCGGCUGCGGUCGCCGCAAGUGCCGCCGCCGCCAUGCCGUUGACGGCCGCGUUGGGUGCGGACAGCACCACGACCUACGGCAGCAGCUGCAGUGAAGAUGACACGGACUACGAGACGGCGGCGAUGGUGAUGAACCAGGCGUCCGGUGCCGCCGGUAUGUUCGCCGGUGACAUGAUGGGAGCCGCCGGCGGCUGCGGUAGCCACCCGACCGGUGGUCAAGGGCACGUGACCAGCAGCAGCAGUAGCAGCGGCAGCGGAAGCAGCAGCAGCAGCACCAGCAGCAACGGCAGCAGCAGCAAGGUUCGCGUCCGGACAGCCAUAUCGGAGGAGCAGCAGAGCGAAUUGAAGAAGUACUACGCCCACAACAGCAAACCGAGCCGGGACGAGUUCCAGGCCAUCGCCCAGCACGUCAAGAUGGAGGCCCGGGUGGUGCAGGUCUGGUUCCAGAACAAUCGGUCGCGCGAACGCAAGAUAGGCUCCGCGCUGGGCGGCGGCGAACAGCAGUGCCCGGUGGUGGCCGGAGCGGGCCUAGCCCCAAACUCGCCCCUACACGCCGACCGUGCCCCAUCGGUGGUGACGGGGCACGAGACCACAGACCAGCCGCUCGACCUGUCACUCAAGAAGGACCUCACCAUGGCACCGGACGGAGCGGCCCUCCUGAGUGCGGCGAGCAACUCGGCGGCCAACGGGGCCGCGCUGGCGGUCGGGUCGCUGCCGGCCGUCCUGCUGCAGGCUGCCGGACAGGCCGACACCAUGUCGGCGCUGAACGAAGCGAUGAACCUAACGAUCAAAACAUCCCACUUGCCGGCGGCGUUCUACUACAACGACAUUCACCCAAUCCACCACAAUGCCGCGCAGCCUCUGAAGCUGAGCUUCGACGAUAGCCUGCGCAAAACGUCAUCACCGACGUCACAGCACUACCACCACCAUCGGGAGCAGCAGCAGCAGCAACCGCUGCUGUACACGCACCUGGCCGGUCAGCCGGGCACAUUCCGUGGACCGUCGAUAGCGGCCCUCCACCACCCGGCGGCCAACCUGCCCGGGAUGGAUCAGAUGUUCCGCCAGAUCUCGCCCAAGCUAGCCGCCGGUGGUGGGGGUGGUGGCAGCGGUACCAGCCUGGCUAGCCUUAGUCCGGUGCCGCGUGAUGACCUGCACGAUGGCGGCGGCUACGAAGUCGGCAACAAGUACUACGGCGCUGCGUUCAGCGAGAAAAAGAUGCUCCAGUCGAUGCUGAACGUGCCGAAGCGGGUUGCACCGCCCUACGUUUGCAGCACGAUCAUGGCGGUGGCGGGUCCCGGGGGGAGUGCUAAGGACGGCCACCACCAGGCACCGGACGCCGAGGGCCAGUACGUCUGCGAUCAGUGCGACAAAACGUUCAGCAAGCACAGCUCACUGCAGCGGCACAAGUACGAGCACUCGGGUCAACGGCCGUACAAGUGCGUCGAGUGCCCGAAAGCGUUCAAGCAUAAGCACCACCUGACCGAACACAAGCGGCUGCACAGUGGCGAGAAGCCGUUCCAGUGCUGCAAGUGCCUGAAGCGCUUCUCGCAUUCCGGCUCCUACAGCCAGCACAUGAAUCACCGCUACUCGUACUGCAAGCCGUACAGGGAUGGCAAAUAAGGCACCGAGCUGGGACAGGAUAUUCCGUCCCCCGGUGCGUCCCCCGCACC